AUGAACAACAAUAACCCUAACAACAACAACACCAAUAACAGAAUCUCAACACCAAGAAAUGGCAACAGCGCCACCCAGGCCUGUGCUGCAUGCAAGUACCAACGCAGAAAGUGUGCACCUGAUUGCAUCCUUGCACCUUACUUCCCCCAUGAUCGCCAGCGCCAGUUCCUCAACGCGCACAAGUUGUUCGGCGUGAGCAACAUCACCAAGAUCAUCAAGCUUCUCAGCCCUCAGGACAAGGACCAAGCCAUGCGCACCAUCAUCUAUCAAUCCGACAUGCGCGCUACAGACCCAGUUGGUGGUUGCUACAGGUACAUUCUCGAACUCCAGGCCCAAAUCGAGUACUAUAGGGCGGAACUCGAACUCGUCCUUCAACAACUCGCCAUCUUCAGAGCCCAGGCUCAGCACCAACACCAACAACAACAUGGUAUCUUUGCUGCAAACAACGUUAAUGUAGCUGUCAAUGGUGAUGGUGAGGUUUUGAACGGUGAUCCAAUGGGCUUGUAUAACCAGCAACAACACUAUCAGUGUCUGCAGGCACAACAGGGGGAGGAGCAGUAUGUUAUGAUGCACGAAAAUGGUAAUGGAAGCCAAAACAUCGAUGGCAUUGCUUUGCAGGAGCAAAUUAAAACGUGGGCUGUGCAGAACACUGCUGUGUCGCUUUCUUCGUUGUCAUUGCAUGGGCAGAAUAGUAAUGUCAGCGAUGAGUAUGAUCACAAGCCGGUGGUGGGGAUUGACAUGGAUUCUGAUGAGAGAAGCGAGUUAGGGUUCGAGUCUGAAGAAUUAGUCCAUCGCAGUGAUGAAGCAGUUUUGUUUAAGAUAGACGAUGCAGUAAUAAAAGCGGAGGCUAAUCCCUGCAUGCAACAAGCUCAAGACCAUGACCUGAAAGGUGCAGCAACAUCGUUUACUCUCACAAAUUGUAGUUGCUGA